AUGGACUCCAGUUACGAGACGAGAGACAAAUCUACUCAUGACGGGACCCCGAAGUACCUCACCUCGCCAUCGACAACUGCCAACGACCGCCCGGCGACUUAUUUUCUUCUCCUGGCCCUGGAGAACGAUACCAAGCUGCGCCUCGUCGGCUUCUGCACGCAAUUGAUAUCUCGGCCCCCCUCCUCGACCUUUCCCCCUCUCGAGUUUCCGAAAUGGCGAUUCUCCCCACAGAGUUUGCGCGCGUCUCGCGGCAAUGUGCGUCUGCCACUGGUUCAAUUGAUGCUGUCGCUGCGGCUCUGGUUUUGGAAAAGCCUGUGA